AUGAACAUCCGUCUCGCUGUCUUCGUCGCCGCUUUGGCCAGUCUAUCGGAAUCCGCUGCUGCUGGGAGCUGCCCGUUCGGCUACGACAAGGUCGCGUCUGUGAAGCAGCAGGACCGCCAGAUCUCCAGCGAGCUGUACGACGCCUCGAGCUGCGACGUCAUCGACUACGACCUGGUCAAGAAGGACCUGGCGAUCUUGAUGCAGAUGUCCCAAGGCUUCUGGCCGGCCGACUUCGGCCACUACGGCGGCCUCUUCAUCCGUCUCGCGUGGCACUGCAAUGGCUCCUACCGUCGCGCUGACGGCCGCGGAGGCUGUGACGGCGGCCGCAUCCGCUUCAACCCGGAGCACAGCUGGGCCGACAACACCAACCUGGACAAGGCUCUGCGGCUGCUCAAGCCCAUCAAGAGGAAGUAUGGUGCCGCUCUGUCGUGGGGCGACCUCAUCGUGCUGUCUGGUAAUGUGGCCAUUGAGAGCAUGGGUGGACCCGUGCUCGGCUUCUGCGGUGGCCGCCGUGACGAUGUCGACGGAACCAGUAGCCUGCAAUUGGGCCCAACGCCUGAACAGCAGGAGGUGGCCCCGUGUGAAGAAGACGGAAACUGCAAGGCCCCGCUGGGACCUACCACCUUGGGGCUGAUCUACGUGAAUCCCGAGGGUCCGAUGGGCGUACCGGACCCUGUUGGAUCGGUUGCUGACGUUCGCCGUACGUUCACCCGCAUGGGCAUGGACGACCGCGAAACGGUGGCUCUGAUCGGCGGUGGCCACGCAUUCGGCAAGACACACGGAGCCUGUACGACCGGUGCUGGUCCUUCACCACUCGAAGACCCCGAGAACCCGUGGCCCGGAACUUGUGGCGACGGCCCGUUGAAGGGAAUGGGCAACAACACGUUCACGAGCGGCUUUGAAGGUUCCUGGACGGCUACGCCCACGCAGUGGAGCAACGGAUACUUCACCGGUCUCACCACUUACGAGUGGGAGAAGUAUGACGGCCCGGGUGGCCACGUGCAGUGGCGACCCGUGCCCGACACUACGCCGCCUGUGCGUAUGUUGACAGCCGACAUCGCUCUGCUGCACGACGAGAGCUACCACAACAUCUCGCUUGAGUUCGCGGCCGACCAGGCCGCUCUGGACGAGGCCUUCUCGCACGCCUGGUACAAGUUGACUACGAAUGACAUGGGCCCGGUCACGCGUUGCCGCGGCAACGACAUUCCUCCUGCCCAGCCAUUCCAGAACCCGUUCCCGCCGACAGACACGCUGCCGGACUUCGAAGCUGUGCGCGCGGACAUCAGUGCGUUGCUCAAGACGUCGGUCGAUGGCCUGACGAGCGAUUCAACCGACGAUGGCACGCCCUACAACGGGGCGCUGUUCGUGCACGCGGCCUGGCAGUGCGCGUCGACUUUCCGCGUCACGGACUACUCGGGCGGCUGCAAUGGGGCCACGAUCCGCCUUUCGCCCGAGAAAGACUGGGCUGUGAACAAGGGCGUGGACGCAAUCAUCGCUGCGCUGGAGCCCGUGAAGGACAACUACCCGACGCUAUCGACUGCUGAUCUCAUCGUGCUGGCGGGCCAAGUGGCGCUUGAGGACGCUGGUAGUGAGAAGGUUGACUUCCUCGGUGGCCGCACGGACGCUGAGAGCGGCGAUGGCUCUGAGAUGUAUGCCCCGCGUGACUACUACACCUCGGCGCUGAUUGCUGUGCGCGACAGUAUCAAGAUUAUGGGCGUGUCGGAGGAGGAGGCUGUGGCUCUAGCUGGCCGUCCCCGCAGCGCCGAGCAGCAGAAAACUUUGGGCUACAGUGGCUCGUACUGCGCUGAGGCGGCCCCUCUGUCCAAUGAGUACUUCAAGCUGCUGCUGAACGAGCAGUGGACCGCGGUGACUGACGACGAGUACCAAGCCGAAGGCAAAGACAUUUACAUGCUGGCCACGGACCUAGCGCUGUUGGAUGCGCCGGAGCUGAAGACGUACGUUGAUAAGUUUGCUGGGGAUGAGGCUGCCUUCAAGCAGGUCUUCGCCUCGGCCUGGGCUAAGCUCAUGACGGCCGACCACUUCGAUGCCAGCGGCUACUAAGGACAAUCAUUGCCCGUUAGUGAGGCGAAGGAGGCUUUGAAUAUAUGUGUCUUCAAUAAUAUG